AUGUCUCUACCAUCACCCGUUCCUAGAGCGAACCAGAAGAUGUUCAAGCCGGCAUACUUUGACAACUUCAAACAGCAGCAGCAGGCUCAAUUUGACAUAAUUACAAUGGAAGGCUGGCUUGCUGCUCGUGGAUCGGUUUGGAAUCAGACAAACGCAGCCCUGCACCUCCCGAUCAUCCUCAAGCAUUCCAGCCGCCUGCAUUCAUUACAAGAUGCGCCUAAUCACUUGUCAUUUUCAUCCAUUCCAUGGGUCCGGAAUUCGCCUUCAAUGGGGCGGUUGCUCGAGGAGGAUGAGGAGGAUGAGUCUACAGAAACAGCAGAAGAGCCAGAACGAAAGAAUGUUGGCACAACAGAACCAGAACCAGAAAGUGAUUCGAAAUUUUGGCUCGAAGAAGACGACAUAGGCGAUUUCUAA